UCGAUUUUGUUUGGAUGUGCCUGUCCCAUUGGGUUAGUUUAUUUGCUCUCGCUGAAAGGUUUCGAUCUUGAUUGCUACAUCAGUCUGUAGCUACAUAUUCCGUCUGGAAUGGGUGGGGGUAACGCUCUCGUGAUAUCUAAAUAAACGCCCCCAAAAACACACGCACGAAAUUGUGGCAACAAAAUUCAGUUGAAACUUCCAUUCUGUUGGCAUCAUGUGGUGGUCGGUGUUGCUCGGGAUCUGCCAAGUGGCCUCAGCCACCAAGUGGUACAGCGGUGGAGCAGACUUCAACAGUCCCAGCGCUUGGGUGGAUGAGUACAUGCCCUGUCCGCAGGAUUUGGUGGUGUUUCCCACACACUUUCCGGCCAUUCUGCCACUGCCAGAGAGCAUCUCCAUUGAUGGCUUGGUUUUGCCCCGGGAUGGGGCCAUCCUAAUAGCCGAGGAGUCCACCAUAAGCUUCGGCGCUGCAAGGAACUCCAAGUGUGACAGUGACGAGAGGAAGGCACACCUGAAGCCACCCAAGUCAAGCAAAUGGUUUGACCCACAGACCUGGAAGUGGGCGGAUCUCUCGAAGAGUGGCUCCUCCCCCGUGCCGGAGCUGGAGCGGGUGCCCUGCGACGAUGAGCAGGUUAUUGUCAAGGGCCAUGCUGCGCUCGCCUUCGAUCUGGAGAAUGUGCAGCACCUACGGUUGGGUCAGCUGAUCCUCGCUGGCUCCUCCAUCUCCAAGUUCUACUUGGAGCAGCUCUUGGCCCGAGAUUUGGGCAGAUUUCUCUUCCACAAUGCUCGGGACGUUCAGGUGGAGUACUAUCGCGGUGAGUUGUGUGGCUGCCACAAGGACUUUGAUCGCCUCAUCGAGCCCGUCUGCCACAACGUUCAGGAGCAGUGCGAGGCGCCACAUUGCCUGUCGCCAGUGCGUCCCUUUGGCUCCUGUUGCCUCAUCUGUGGCGCUGUCCUCACCAUGCCCCGCCAGCACUGCUCCGAGGAGGAUCGCAGGACUCUGCUAACGGAACUCAAUCUAAUGAUGGUGGAGCAGGAGCUGGAGGAUAAGAUUCAGCUGCAUGUGGAUCACGUGAGCUCCGAGCAGUACGGCAGCUUCCUGCAGGCCAUCGUCACGGAUCGGGGCGGCUACAACCAGCGGAGUGUCGAGUUCGUGCAGUUCCUCACCGAGCAUCGCAAUCGGAGCAGCUUUCUGGCCAAGCAGCUGGGCGUGGAGCUGAAGGCAUCCGGUCGUCCCCACAAUCCGAAUGUCAGCUUUGCCUCCGUUCUCCUCAUUCUCUUCUGCAUGGCCCUGGUGGGCGUUGUGAGUGUCAUCAUUUUGGCCCACUUUAUGCCCGAGAAUCCCCACCUGAAUCGCAUUCCCCAAUGGAUACACGAUCCACGUCGCUGGCGCUGGCGCUGGCAUCACUUGGGUGUCCGACUGCGUCGCAAUCCGCUCUUCAAUCGCUUCGAGAAUGCCGCAGCUGGUGGCGGCCACAAUGAUGAGGCUGUCGGUGCUGCUGGCUCUGGUGUGGAUCGUGUCACUGUCAUGGGCUACGAUCCCGGCAGCGAUGAGGUGCGUGAGAGAUCCUUUGACAAUCCCAUGUUCGAGCAGGGACCAACUGCGGACAGUCCCAAAGAGUCCCAAGAUCGGCCAGAGUUGAUGGCUGCUCCGCCUGCCAUGGAGACCGGUGAUCUGGACAGCUGCAGUGGUAGCGUGGAGGAGCAGGAGCUGACCGAAAUCAAUUUGGAGUCUUCCGAGGGCGAAACCGAUGAGGAGGCGGAAAUCUAACUUUUAUUUGUAUUUAUAAGCAUGACAUAACCUCACAUCGAAUCAAUUAUCAGCGACCAAUCGAUAAAUCAAAAAAAGAAGCAGUUAGCAGUCCUUUAAUGACGCAGCCACGCUUUUAGUUGAGUUGGCCUUGCCCCUUGACCUUCAGCGGGCACUCAAUGGAAUCGAUAGUUGCCGUUACUUGCGAGCAGCUAUUGUCAUAAAUAAAUGUACAGGUCUAUUCAUA